AUGGCGGAUUUCUUUGAAGGCGAAAAGGACUUGGCUCAGGGAACUGGUCGUUCUGGCACUACGAUCCGCAACUUGUUUUCCGCGUUCGGGAUUGUUCCUCGAUACCCAGACGUUUUCGCUAGUAUACUUGGCGUGUGGUUUUCCUACUUUCCUCAAUUAAGGCGAAGACCGGUCGUGGUUUUUGUAUCCUGUCGGAAGGAAGCAAAACUAUAUUCAAGGAAGCAAAACGUUCAAGAAGACUGCAACUUCUUCAGGGAAAAUUUCUUUCAAAUUCUCAAGAAGAAUGCAACGGUAGAACUGUUGUGUCCCUUCACGUCAGCAGGAAUGUCCUGCAGGGAAGUUAGUUAGAGGGAUACAUCUCGGUACUAAACGUUAGAGGGAAUGUUAACUAACUAACUAACGAACUAACGAACUAACUACCCACCCACCCACCUAACUAACUACCCACCUAACUAACUAACUAACUCUAAUCUGUACAAGUGACUAAUUAAUGCGCGCAUCUCUCUAACUAACGUAGUUCCACGCGGCAUUUUCCUAGGCGCGUACAGUCCGUGGCACUUUAUGAGCCUGAUGAAACCGGCGGGGACCUACUCAAAACUCGUCGCAAACGUUGCGACGUCCGCAUAUGCCAGAAAGGGCGGAUCUACACUUUUAUGAAGCGCAUGGUCUCUUUUUCGUAUAGUCAUCUACUACUACUGGAUUUGAGAAUUGAAGAAUUCGAUUUGAAUGAAGUAGAGUUGUUUCUUCGUGUGGGAAGUUGCGAGAGAUGUGACGGCGCAGCCGAGGCAUCCUAUCCUAUCCUAUCCUAUCCUAACGGAUUGAUUUAUGCUGUCCUUUUAGACAACUUUUUUAGUGUAAUAUGUGUUCGCUUUGCUGCAGCUAUAGUUUUGUGAUGAGAAGGAAGGAUAGUUGUGCAACUGCUAAAAUUGUAAUGCAUCAAGAUGAGUCACUAGGGGUCGUAGAAUAAUGAAGGUGUUUUAGUAGAAGGCACCUGCUUCCUCUAAUCAAAAAAUCAGCAGUGCAAGCACUUCAAAAGCGCAUGGCACAGAACGACGGGACCAAAGUGCGCGAGUUAAGAGUCACCAUAUUACAUAAACAUAUACAUCCUCCGCUAUAACAUGGAACACUCGUUGGUUGCCUCCUUGACUAAUAUAAGAUCCUGGACUUCUUCUAGUUUCACUUUCACACUAUCCAGGUGGAAGACACUUGCUUCGGGAUGUUUAGAAAAGCACUGAAAAAGAAAAUGCUUAGUGCGUUACAAGCUCUUCUUUUCUGGAUAAGCGUGGCACGAAAAAAAAACCAACGAAAAUGGCUUGCUGCUUCUUUGUUUCAUCUUCAAGUUGUAGAAAAUAUAUACGCAUUGACAUAACCAUCGGAAGAAACUGGCUUCUACUGUGGCAGGUGGACCCAGUCCUAUCCUGUGUGAGUUAUUCCCAUCCUAGUCUCUUUUCAUGUUCAUUCUUACACUGUUCACUCUUACACUUCCUAAUUAACUUCUUCUAUACCCCACACAGAAUGGGCACACUACUACUACUACUACUCCUACUACUACUACCCAAGCUAGUAUGUUGAUUGUAGUCUCUAGUAGUAGUAUUACAGUAGUAGUUAACCCCUUCAAGGGGUACAGUCCAAAGUUAGGUUACUGUGGGAAGGGGGGAUGAGAACUAUUGACCUUGGGGCAUCUUUUGUGUUUGUUAGUAUUGGGUUGCACUUGCAGCAGAUUUUUUUGGUUUUGAGCAUACUACCCAGGCUCUCUUCAUUGUCGUUCACUGAGGUUCUAUCCGCUUGAAAAGGAGGGCUGAAGAGGAUUUCUCAUUUCUCUCCCCCCUCUUCUAAUUUAGCACUUGAUGGAUCCAGAUUUCUGGAGCAAGGAGUACAUUGCGGAUGUCAAGAGGUGGGUCGAGGGCACGAAGAUCGCUACCGAAAAGACAAUCCAGCUGAAACAGAAUGGGCAUUAUGGCAAAGUUAGUAUUUUAAACCUUCUCCCUUCACGAAUAUAUCGCUCCCCUUUUCCAAUGAAAUGCAAGGCAUCUCUUCGCUACUACCCUUUUUUUCAUCCCAUAAAAGAAGACAAGAGAGAAGGGGUCUUCGCUACUACCCUUUUCUUCAUCCCAUAGAACUACAAGAAUACAACCGGUUAGUUUUCCCUCAUAUACCUUAGGUUAGUCCCUUCAUCUAAGAUACAAGGACACUUUAUCUAAAAAGUCCAUCCUAUCGUCCCAUCGGAUCCUCUCCUACAAGGGAAAAGGCACUAUUGAGAUGAGAGGACCAAGAUAGAGCUACAACUGUGAGAUGAUGUAGGACCAAGAUAGGUCUAUUUUCUUCUCACCAAGGGGUAGGACCAAGACAGAUCGAAGGCAAGCUAGCUCUUCUAUUUUGAGAUGAGAUUCUGACUCUAAGGAGAUUUCGAUCUGCAAGGUCUGGAUGAGCUUGGCGACGAACGAGAACUAGUGGCCGAUGCAUUGGUCUCUCAUGGAGGACCUACAGGCAUCUGCUUCUAUAACGACAAAGUCGGUCGCCCAGCGUUUCCGGAACCGAAUGGUGAUCCACCUGAGUCGGCUUUUUUAGAAGCAGAUGAAGUAGGAGAAGAAGAGGAAGAGGAAAAUGAACGGGACGAAGACAACGAAAACUUAUGAGUUAAUAAAAAAAAAAGUUUUUAGAGUUUUUACCAUAGGCGUUCUCCACUAAAGAACGACCUCAUGUUUACCUUUUGAAGGAGUAUCUUUUUACCACGAAAGAGUGUUUCUAAGCUGUGAAGAAACUACUGGUGACGGAGAAAGUGGCGAGUCUUUUCUGGACGAGGGAAAGAAAAAGCAGCGACGACGCAACAAGAAAAAAGUUAAGCUCGAUAGUGAACGACCCUGUUAGUGCAACUUCUUGUGUUCAUAUUGAACCUUAGUUCCGUUCAACGCCGUUCAAGUAACUGAUAAUAUUUCCUUUCCUCCACUGCGAAACGAACUACUAAUCCACCUUCCAUCAAGAAUCAAACUCGCACCCUCCUCCUAGGAGCUCUCUUCUAAGCAACCUUCCAUCAAGAGUCAAACAACGCAAAGCGUCUCGAACCCAGGCUCCACGGCCUCUACGUUUGCGCAGAUGCACGGAGGAGUUGAUGUGUAUGUCGAUGUUUCGGAGUGCGAGAUUGGGUACAUUGCGCCGCAACUCAUCUUAAGGCUUCUCAAUAGAUGAACUGACAGUGACUCCAACGUGAAAAUGAAGUAAUGAAUUCCGUUAAAGUUGGAGUAGAAAACUUUGAAAGUCGUGAAAGAGGAUUUUGUUAGAGUACCCGCUCCCAGAAGAAGGAGCAGACAGAUUAUCAUGGACACUCUACUCACUCGGAAUAUAUCUGUAAGUAAUUGUGAAGCAAUAAAACAGUACGUCAAUAAUGUGAAUCAAUAAUACGUUUGGUCAGAGGUGGUUGAAAGAAGGUAUUAUAGCUCUAAUCAACAGACGCAGUAUCCUUGGGUCGAACCUGGCUGCUACAGCUCACAUUUUCAAGGAUCUACCCGUCUACCCAGCUUCGGUCUACACCAAAGGUGGACGAUAAGAGUCUGGUGGAGGACUGGUGGAGAACGAUAAGAGCCUGGUGGAGGACGAUAAGUGGGGGGUUAGUGGGUACCAUAAUGGUGGUGGACGAUAAGAGCCUGGUGGAGGACGAUAAGUGGGGGGUUUAGUAGCAGUGGCUAGUGGGAGGUAACUGAUGGGGACGAUAAGUGGAGGUGAUUUUGUAGUGGAGGUGAUUUUGAUUUUGCAGUAGAGGAGACUUGUAGUCGUGGAGGGGAUUUUGUAGUAUGUAAGAUGGAUAGUGGAGGUGCUGAUGGUAGGAGAGGUGGCUGGUGGAAGAUGGGUAGUGGGCGGGGUGAUAGUGAUGCUGGAGAAUAUCUCUACGGGUGGUGAUGGCGUACGGUGGUGGCGGUGAUCAUCCUAUAGUACAAAGGAGGGGGCGUCUAAAGGAAGAGCCAAGCUAUACAAGGUGAACUUCUACUACAUCAUAGGGACAAGAUGAAGACGGUCGUUCUUUCUUUCCUUUGCAUCCUAAUUAAGUCUUGAACUAGUGCCUCAUGCUAGGUAAAUGCAUGAAUGAAUGAAAGAAAAUAUCUUCAUAACGUACUUGUUGUCCUGCUACACGUAGUGUAAGAUCAACGCGAUUAUAGCAUGGAGGCGAAGCAUUUAAUUAGGUGCAUACUUGUUUUGUAAAGCACGCGUUCUUCUUAUUUGCUGGGGAGGGGUAAAUUUUAGGCCGUAUGCUUUCCAUUUCAUCCAAAUUCGAUCGUUUUACUGUCUUGCAUGAUACAAAAAUUAACUUCAGUGACAGGCUGGGGGGAGGUGACUGUGCUGAACAUUGAACUAACAUUUGUUGACAUUGAACAAUUAUUGAACAAAAAAAAACAGCUAAAUCAUUUGAACACCUACAGCAUUUGAACCUAGAAAAUUGAAUAUUGUGACUCACAAAGCGGGAACAGAAGAAUUAACAGAACAAUUCCAAAGCACAAAGUGAUAGGUGAACAAGCCAAUGCCUAAGCCAUUGAACAAGUAGCGGUUUGAAAGCGUGAAAUCGAAAUGAAAAGAUCAAUCCCAAGUUACAAAGCAGAGGAAUCUGUAGCAAUGAUAAUGCUACAGGCGCAGCAUGAAAAAUAUUACUCAAUGAACAGACUAGUGAAAUGAAGUUAUAGAGUACACACGAAGCAUCCAUUAUCUUCUUAAAAACGAGCAAAUACACACAAGAAGAACUGUUCAACAGCAACCGUGCAUAUUAUCUAGAUCUACCACGAGCAGUUCACAGUUAGAGUUACUGAAGAUAAGAAAUUAACCAAUAGGAACACCUUGAAGAGCUUGAGACACAUUGUUGUCCGCGAUUUCCAAGAAUUCACAGUAUUAGUAUGCGAAAAAGCACAACAAAAUUUACCAAUCGUUUAUAGCAACUCUUCAUCACAGCAAAGUAGAUUGUGGUAAUUAGGAAGUAUUAUCAGUUGUAAAGCAUUGGAUCUACUUCUUGUGAAGAGUCCUAGCUAUUCCUAUUCGAAUCUGUAUCUGUAUGUAUAGAACUUGAGCCUGUACAUAGAGAAAAUGAACAUCGAAACAUCUAU